UCUCACUUAUAAUACAACAAUAUUGUCAAUGUAUUUUAAACACUUAACGACACAAAUGAGAACUGUGACGCAAAAGAGAUGUAUUAAUUUGAAGCUUGAAUAUUAACUUCAUCAGCUUAACUUUUAUUUCUUGGUGCAUUCCAAAACAUUGAGGUAAAAACUGACAAGGGAUAAUGGAUAUACUGAGAUGUUAUAUUGGAUUAUGAAUCUAAUGUAUGAUGCCCAGGAUGUACAAGUUUAUGCUUACGAAAAUUAGGUUUAAACACUGAGGCUCAAAAUGUUGUCAAAGACCUGCAUACUGGUUGCCUUGGUAACCGCAGCUAUUGUGAUCAUUGGAAAAUGUGAGAUUGGCAACCCAUCAAAUUAUUAUGUUCAUCAUCCAAAUUGUAGUUUUGCUUGUGAGGAUUCGACGGGAGGCACCCACUGUAUAGAAGGUUACCCAAAUGCCUACUACCAUUGUAUCAAUGGCACAAAAUCCCCGACCCAGUUCUGCCCAGAUGAUCUCAUGUUCAACCCGUUCACACUGCUUUGUGAUUGGCCAUGGAAUGUGACAGCUACGUGCAAUUGUUCUCAAAGUGUCACCCCCAGAGAUCCAAUUGCGGCAUUCCCGUUUCAAACACCACAAGAGACUCGAAGUAUUCAGCAAAACUUUGAUAAUUUGGCCUUGAGGUCUGAUAAUGUGAAUUGUACAGACAGUUGUCCGUUUGAUGGAAUAUUCUGUGUGCCAGGCCUCCCAGCUGCUUAUUACUGGUGUCUAUUUGGGCAGAAGUCACGCGCCACUCUCUGUCCCCCAGGAUUAUUUUUUCACCCUGUUUACCAUUACUGUGACUAUGAGGAACAUGUCAAUGUGAAUUGUACAUGUCCCGAGAAUGAACCAACAUACGCUUUCUAUUGUUCCAAUGCCUGCCCUACAGAUGGAUGGUACUGUGACCCUUACAAUCCCCAUGCAUACUACCAAUGUAUAGAUGGCAUCCCCCUCCCGUCCCAAUACUGCCCCUACUUCCUCGUUUUCAAUCAAACCAGCGAAAGAUGUGACUUCGAUGCCCCUACGUGUUCUUGUCCUGAUGGAUAUAAUCCUUUAACUGACACAUUCAAUUCUGCUUUUUUAAGAAGUAUAAAUGGUAGUCUGAAUGCAACAGAAUUGAACAGCACUGAUGUCCAGGUGUCAAUUGUGAAAGGGUUCCGUGAUGCAGCGCCCCCUGCAGUUGUUCAAGCAAAAGCCCCUGUUGCGGCAGCCUCUGUUGUAAGAGUUGGGGGAUCCAGUAGCGGUUUUGGAUUCUUGGAAUCAGAUUAUCACUCUGGAUAUCGAAAUUCAGGUUUUGGCCAUAGAAAUUCUGGAUAUGGACAUAGUUCUGGACAUGGUCAUGGAAAUUCUGGACAUAGACACAGAAAUUCUGGAUAUGGAAAUUCUGGACAUAGUCACCGAAGUUCUGGAUAUGGACAUGGUAGUUCUGGACAUAAGCAUGGACAUUCUGGACAUAGUCACCGAAGUUCUGGAUAUGGACAUGGUAGUUCUGGACAUAAGCAUGGACAUUCUGGACAUAGUCACCGAAGUUCUGGAUAUGGUCAUGGAAAUUCUGGAUAUGGUCAUGGAAAUUCUGGACAUAGUCACAGAGGUUCUGGAUAUGGACAUGGAAAUUCUGGACAUAGUCACAGAAGUUCGGGACAUGGGGAUUCAAAUCAUGGAUAUAGGAGUCAGCAUUCUGGACAUAGUGUCAAUCAUUACACUGGAAUCAAAGAUGGCCAAAUAGGACAAAUAAACCAUGGCUAA